AUGACAUGCACACAGGCGAACAGAAGUUUACGUAAACGAAACCCUGCCUUCUUGGCCCACGUGGUGGAACAAAAGGGUAAGGGGAAGAACAUAAACGAUGUUCCAGUUGUGUGUGACUUCCCUGAUGUCUUUCCCGAGGAUCUACCUGGUCUUCCUCCUCCCAGAUCCGUCGAAUUUCGUAUUGAUCUUGUACCUGGUGAGACUCCUUCUAAAGCUGAUCAUGCUCGCCAUCUACGCCUUAUGCUUGAACUUUUGCGUGGUGAGCGUCUAUAUGCUAAGCUUUCUAAAUGUGAAUUCUGGAUUGAUGAAGUGCAGUUUCUAGGCCAUAUUGUCAGUAGUCAGGGUAUUCAUGUUGACCCUUCGAAAAUCGAGGCAGUGAAGAAUUGGUGUACGCCUAAAUCCGUGACUGAGAUUCGUUCUUUCCUAGGAUUGGCGGGUUAUUACCGCCGGUUCAUCGCGGAUUUCUCUAAAAUCGCUGUUCCUCUUACAACCCUAACCCAGAAAGAGAAACCUUUUGUUUGGGGUCCCGAACAAGAGGAAUCCUUUCAAACUCUGAAGAACCUUUUGUGUAAUGCUCCUGUUUUAACCCUACCUGAUGGAAAUGAAGAUUUUGUGGUGUAUUGUGACGCCUCGAACCGUGGUUUGGGCUGUGUGCUCUCGCAAUGGGACAAGGCUGAUAGGAUGCUUGGAAUGCUUGGAAUUCAGCUAGGAGUUGCCUAG